CAUUGGGCAUGCUCAAUGCGGGCGACAGACCGACAGUUUUCCUCAGUCACUCAGGGGUUGCUAAACUGCGAAGACUUUCGCACAACAUAAUUCACAGCUUAAGUCAUACCAGUGUACUACCAUCUGCCGGCAGCCAGAAGCAAAGAUGACCUAAACACGAUAGCUCUUCUGACAGGAAACUUGCCUGCGGGCACCCAACCCGUCAUCCUGCCUGGUUGUAUGCUAUUUUAAGCUUGAAAGCGUCAAAUGCUGCACGAGCUCAUAGAGCUCCGCGGCGGAGGUAAGUAUGGCACCGGCCACAAGAGCCUUUUUGCCAAGGAGGACAUGCCGGCCGGGACUUCCGUGUGGUGGUAUGGGGAAGAUGACGUGCCGCUGUUCUGCUUCAGCCGAAAGCAGAUCCAGGCCCACCCGCAGCGCGACACGCUGUGCCGCUUCUCCUACAUGCUGGGACACGACCUGUACGGCGUCACCCCACAACCCGCGGAGGACCCCGCCUGGCACUUCAACCACAGCUGCGACGGCAACUGCUGGUACGACGGCGACGACCGGGUGGUGACCAAGCGGCGCGUGGCGGCGGGCGAAGAGCUCACCUACGACUACGGGCUGACGGAGACAGAGGCCAGCAUGCACGCGGGCAUGGCGUGCCUGUGCGGCAGCGCGCAUUGCCGCGGUGUGCUGGGCUUCUCGGAAUACCGGGACCCGGACUGGGUGGCGGCCAACGCGGGCCACACCAGCUCCUACAUCGCCGCCAAGUGCCGCGAGGUGGGCUGGCACCAUCCAGGCGUGGCACCUGGGCGCAAGCUGCCGCCGAGCGCAGGUGACGGAAAGGAGCCGCCGGCGACGCCUGAGGCAUAUGAGGCCGCGAAGGCCGCGGUGGACAGCGGGGUGGUGGCGCUGGGGCUGUUUGCGCUGCGGCCGCUGUUGAGGGGCGAGGUGCUGCUGUACUUCGGAGGCAAGGUGCUGGGGCGCCACGAGGUCCUCAAGGUGCAGCGGCGGCUGCCCACCAUGCACUUCAUCCAGGUGGCGCCUGCGCUGUGGAUGGUGCCCAUUCCUGGCGCCGGCAGUGAGAGCCCAGACUACAUCAACCACUCGUGUGACCCCUGCUGCGGCAUGCUGGAUUCGGUGACUGUGGUGGCGAUGCGGGACAUCAGCGAAGGCGAGGAGCUUUGCAUUGACUACGGGACAGUCAUGGAUGAGUCCAUUGAGGACACCGGCCUCGAGACGUUCGACUGCACCUGCAGCGCCGCCAACUGCCGCCGCCGAGUCACGCCGCGUGAUUACCUGCUUCCGUCCGUACGGGAGAAGUGUGAGGACUUCUUCCCGCCAUACAUGAGGGCAAAGUUGGUUGAGAGUGUGGGAGGCUCGAGGGUAGUACCGCCGGCAUGAAAGGCCGGCAGGGUGGCUGUCAGCUGGUUGAAUUGGUUCGGUUGUCCUGCGGAAGUCCGAAAUGACCUGUGUUUGGAGACGUUGAGUUGAAUGCUGAGUUUGUAACAGUUCCACCUACCGGAUGUCCAGCACUGUUACGAAGGAGCUUUCGUUUAAGAAGCAUGAGAGAGGUGCGGUGCAGGGCAAAGUCUCAGGAAGGGUGUGUCACAUCGACCAACGGAGUAACGCUGAGUCGCUGACGCAGUUUCGGGCCGUUAGGCCGCACGCACACGAAGAGAUACCGUAUAGGGCAGGUUCCCCUGCCCCCUUGGUGUAUUAGGAUUUAGGGCCAUCCGAGAUAAUAAGGUGCGUGACCAACCUUGCAAACUCGAGAUGCUAAGAUGCACCCCUAGCCCGAGGUCUAUCUAGUUGUCAGACCCCAAAGCAUAGAGGUGAGGCGUGUCUGGGCGUGCCAGCCGUGCACUUCAUACCAUGUAGCGGGCUGGCUUGAAUGCUUGAUUCAUCCUUAAGGCAUGCAUGACUAUUCAUGCAUGAUUCAUUUACAACACGUACAAUGCGCAUGGAUGAC